AUGAAGAAUUGGAUGAGCAUGGUGGCGAUGGGUGCAGUAACAAACUCCACAUUUCUUCUAUCUUCUCAACCCAUUCUCAAAACCAUUAUCCCCUUUUCCCUCACCAAAACCUUGCCUUAUCUCGUUUGUCUCACCGCUCCCUCUCGCCGCUUCCUUUCCGCUGCUUCUUCCCUUCCUUCGGUGGUCUCCGCUGACCACAGUUUCAACUUCUCUGAUUCUGGAGAUGGAAACGGUGUUGCAGUUUCAAGGACAGGUCAUAAAGUGCUUCUUAAAGGGAUGACUUACUCUGAACUUGAAAAAUGGGUUCAAUCACAUGGAUACAGACCAGGGCAGGCCAUGAUGCUAUGGAAGCGUAUGUAUGGAAACAAUAUGUGGGCGCAUCAUACUGAUGAGUUGGAAGGUUUGAACAAAGAUUUCAAGAAGAUGUUGAGUCAAAAUGCAGAUUUCAAGGCACUUGCUGUGAAAGAAAUUCACACGGCCUCUGAUGGAACUAGGAAGAUUUUAUUCACAUUGGAUGAUGGGCUGGUCAUAGAAACAGUUGUCAUACCUUGUGAUACCGGUAGGACUACCGUGUGUGUUUCCAGUCAAGUUGGGUGUGCCAUGAAUUGUCAAUUUUGCUAUACUGGAAGAAUGGGUCUUAAGAGACAUCUUACUGCUGCAGAAAUAGUUGAGCAGGCCGUUUUUGCCAGACGGCUAUUCACAAGUGAAGUUGGUUCCAUCACCAAUGUUGUGUUUAUGGGCAUGGGGGAACCUCUUCAUAAUAUUGAUAAUGUCAUUAAAGCUGCAGAUAUUAUGGUGGAUGAUCAAGGGCUGCAUUUCAGCCCCCGCAAAGUCACUGUUUCAACCAGUGGGCUUGUUCCGCAGCUUCGACGUUUCCUUAAUGAAUCCAACUGCACGUUAGCUGUUAGUCUGAAUGCAACUACUGAUGAGGUAAGAAACUGGAUCAUGCCUAUAAAUCGAAAGUAUAAACUGGAUUUGCUUCUUGAGACGCUUCGGGAGGAGCUUUGCUUGAAACACAAAUAUAAGGUUCUAUUUGAGUAUGUGAUGCUUGAAGGAAUUAAUGACAGCAAUGAAGAUGCAAAGAGGCUUAUCGAGCUGGUAAAAGGCAUCCCUUGCAAGAUCAAUCUCAUCUCAUUCAAUCCGCAUAGUGGAUCCUUCUUCAGACCAACUAAAGACGAAAGAAUGAUUGAAUUCAGAAAUAUGCUAGCUGAGGCAGGAUGCGUAGUUCUUUUAAGACCCAGUAGAGGCGAUGAUCAGAUGGCUGCGUGUGGUCAGCUAGGCAACCCCGGCACCAUUCAAGCUCCGAUGCUCCGUGUACCUAAGCAAUUCCAAACGGCAGUUGGAUGUUCAACAUGA